GUCGCGCCAGUCUCACAACUAAGUCAACACGCACGCAGCUCGCGCGGAAACUACUCGCCCACGAUAGUCGCCCACUGUUGUCGCAGACUGUUUACAAGCAGCAGGAAGACGACGACGACGACGAAGAAGAAGAAGAAGAAGAAGAAGAAGAAGAAGAAGAAGAAGAAGAAGAAGAAGAAGAAGAAGAAAGGCCAAGCCCCCUCCUUUGAAGCUGAUUAGGCGGUGUAUUGGGCCAGUGAGCAGACGGAGGAUCUAUGACGACACACGCAGACUCUUCAUCGUGUUCGCCAGACGGAGGGAAGAAGAAGGUGUGACCUCAUGCCGGGCAUCAACUCCUCCACGGGGCCUGGCUAUGACAGCUGGGACAUGGAGCACCUGGACUACUACCAGCAUUAUUUCUAUGACCACCACAACCCCGAUGAGGAUUUCUUCAAGUCCACGGCGCCCAGCGAGGACAUAUGGAAGAAAUUUGAGCUGGUGCCGACCCCACCCAUGUCCCCCGUGCGGGCGCCGGAAGGGUCGGGCAGGUCGGUGUGUCCGAGUCUCGGGGACAAACUGGAGUGGGUGUCCCAGUUCCUGGGGCAGGAGGACCAGCAGCAGCAGGACCUGCCUUGCAAAGUGGGCCCGACCAGCGACUCCACGGGGAACCUGAGCUCCAUCAUCAUCCAGGACUGCAUGUGGAGCUGCUUCUCUGCCGGCCAGCAGCUGGAGAGGGUGGUGGGGGAGCGCUGCCUCUCCUGCCCCGUCAGGGUUGGACCCGCCGGGGUGUCCCCGGGUAGGACGCCGGGUGUGCCCGCCGACACGCCGGCUCUCGGCUGCGUCGGGGCGGAUUGUGUGGACCCGACCGCCAUGCUCGCCUUCCCUCCUGCUGCCUGCAAGAAGCAAGUGUCCUCCGGGUCUGAGUCUCACACCGACUCCUCAGAUGACGAGGAUGACCAAGACGAGGAUGAAGAGGAGAUCGACGUGGUGACGGUGGAGCACAAGCAGCAACAGCACAAAGCUGGCCGACUCCUCAACGGCCGCAAACCAGUGACCAUCACGGUGAGAGCGGACCCCCUGGACCCCGGCAUGAAGCGUUUCCACAUCUCCAUCCAUCAACAGCAGCACAACUACGCCGCCCCCUCCCCCGACACCCUCCUGCCGUCCGUGGAGCCACCCCACAAACGGGUCCGCCAGGAGGCCUCCAGCUCCGCGCUCCACCAUCAGGGCCAGAACUGCAACCAGCCUCGGCUCAGCCACGCCCCCUCCAAUUUGGACAGCCGGCGGUCUUACGUGACAGAAGCGCCCGCCCUCGAUGCCGCCUCUCCUACCUCCCCCGCCUCGCCGUCCUCGCCCCACUCCAGACCCGACCACCUGUCCAGCCCUCAGUCGUCCGACUGCGAGGACACGGACCGACGCAAGGCACACAACUUCCUGGAGCGCAAGCGACGCAACGACCUGCGCUCGCGCUUCCUGUCGCUGCGGGACGAGAUCCCCGGAUUGGCGGACUGCCCCAAGACGCCCAAGGUGGCCAUCUUGACGCGGGCCACCGAGUACCUGCAGCAGCUGCAUGCCAGCGAGAGGCAGAAGAGCCAGGAGAGGAAGCAGCUGAAGGCCAAGCAGGCGCAGCUGCUGCAGAGGCUGGCACAGCUCAAACGCUUCUGACCUGAAGGAAGGACCCUAUUGGAUCACCUGGACUGAAGGAAGGACCCUAUUGGAUCACCUGGACUGAAGGAAGGACCCUAUUGGAUCACCUGGACUGAAGGAAGGACCCUAUUGGAUCACCUGGACUGAAGGAAAGACCCUAUUGGAUCACCUGGACUGAAGGAAGGACCCUAUUGGAUCACCUGGACUGAAGGAAGGACCCUAUUGGAUCACCUGGACUGAAGGAAGGAACACAUUGGAUCAUGUGGACUGAAGGAAGGACCGUAUUGGAUCACCUGGACUGAAGGAAGGACCGUAUUGGAUCACCUGGACUGAAGGAAGGACCGUUUUGGAGCAUGUGGACUGAAGGAAGGACCGUUUUGGAUCACCUGGACUGAAGGAAGGACCACAUUGGAUCAUGUGGACUGAAGGAAGGACCGUAUUGGAUCACCUGGACUGAAGGAAGGACCGUUUUAGAGCAUGUGGACUGAAGGAAGGACCGUUUUGGAUCACCUGGACUGAAGGAAGGACCACAUUGGAUCAUGUGGACUGAAGGAAGGACCGUUUUGGAUCACCUGGACAGAAGGAAGGACCACAUUGGAUCACCUGGACUGAAGGAAGGACCGUUUUGGAUCACCUGGACUGAAGGAAGGACCACAUUGGAUCACCUGGACUGAAGGAAGGACCGUUUUGGAUCACCUGGACUGAAGGAAGGACCGUUUUGGAUCACCUGGACUGUUUUUUUGUGGUUUGCACAUUCUUGGCUUGUGAGUGAGGCCGUCUGCACAGCAAGCUUUAGACAAGGUGGUCCUUGGUCAUCAAUAGAAGUUUAGUCGUCAUGGAAAGUUGCUGAUCCAGUGUUGCAUGCUGGGACUCGGUGUGAUGUCUGCUCUUGUCAGACGGAAAGAGUCAACUUUAUGUUUUGUGCCAUUUUCUCCAAUCCUUUGCUGCUUGGUUGAAGUGCGACUUAUUUGUUAGUUCUAUUGCAUAACCAGCCUGAAUUGUAGCAAGACCAUGUGAGCUCCCGGUCUGGUACUUUUUCUUUUUGAUUGUGCCGUAGAAAAGUUGAAUGUGGGCUUCAGUAUAUCAAACUGGGAUGGUUGUGCCAUAGAGAAGUUGAAUGUGGGCUUCAGUAUAUCAAACUGGGAUGAUUGUGCCAUAGAGAAGUUGAAUGUGGGCUUCAGUAUAUCAGGCUAAGAAUGUCUGACAUGGCAAGUGUUUGACGAGAAUAUUGUAUUUGUAAAAGUGUCCAUAGUUCCUGUGUGUAUAGUCCCGUCCCAAACAAAAGCAGAGUUGUUUUUCUUCUUCAGCCUUGCGUCUUAAAGCUUGCUGGCUUUUCCAGAGAUACUCAAGAAGCUUCUAUUUUUGUUAAUAAAAGACUGAGUGAACAUUGAUAAGGUGGGACACUUUGGCUCACAUUUUUCAGCCAUGCCUCCUUAUUUGUCUUUUUUUUUUUUUUGUGAAAGUCACUUGACAAAAGUUUAAUACUAUAUUUUCCUAGCGAGCUGUGUUGUGUUGAAACAGCUGCUGGUUGUGUGAGGAUGGAUGUUGUUGUGUUGAAACAGCUGCUGGUUGUGUGAGGAUGGAUGUUGUUGUGUUGAAACAGCUGCUGGUUGUGUGAGGAUGGAUGUUGUUGUGUUGAAACAGCUGCUGGUUGUGUGAGGAUGGAUGUUGUUGUGUUGAAACAGCUGCUGGUUGUGUGAGGAUGGAUGUUGUUGUGUUGAAACAGCUGCUGGUUGUGUGAGGAUGGAUGUUGUUGUGUUGAAACAGCUGCUGGUUGUGUGAGGAUGGAUGUUGUUGUGUUGAAACAGCUGCUGGUUGUGUGAGGAUGGAUGUUGUUGUUGAUGCCAUCUUGGUGCUCCAUGUAGUCCAGAAGCCAUAAAAGAAACACUCGUCACUUUUGUACUACAAAUAGUUGCCAGCAGCACUCAGGAAUAGUUGACUUUUUCUUGUGGGCUAACAAGCUGAGCUCAGAGGCUUGAUGCUCAAUGUUCUUACUUCCCUGCUCAUGACUUCAGCACAACCCACCAGUUGCCCUCAUUUGCAUUCCUCAGAAGGCCUUCUUUCUUUUGUCCUUUCAUUUGUGUUGCUUGCCAGAUGUGCACGUGUUGUUGUGUUCACCUUGCAUCUGCACUUUGCUUUUCUCUCUACCUCACAAGUCUAUUGUUAUUAUGGAGGAAGACUCUGAAUAAAUGGAAAUUGUUUGACAUCA